CCUCCCUAAAUAUAAAGUCCUCCCUCAUGGAGGCUUCAUGUGUAAAACUCACAUUUCUGGUUGUACUUUAGAAAAAAGAAUCUACUGCGUCUCCAAAUGGCCCUUCGAUCGUUAGCCACCAGGAAAACCCUAACCUUGGCUCUCAAGUCCACCAGGUUGGCUCAGUCUCGAGCCUUGCAGACCUUCUCGCUCCCCGAUCUUCCGUACGACUAUGGCGCACUCGAGCCCUCCAUCAGUGGAGAGAUCAUGCAGCUCCAUCACCAGAAGCAUCACCAAACUUACAUCACUAACUAUAACAAGGCUUUGGAGCAGCUCCAUGACGCUAUCCAGAAAGGUGAUUCUUCCACCGUCGUUAAGUUGCAAAGCGCCAUCAAGUUCAACGGCGGAGGUCAUAUCAACCACUCAAUUUUUUGGAAGAAUCUUGCCCCUAUUAGUGAAGGAGGAGGUGAGCCUCCACAUGGUUCUUUGGGUUGGGCCAUUGAUACCAACUUUGGUUCGUUGGAAUCAUUGAUUCAGAAGAUGAAUGCUGAGGGUGCUGCUUUGCAAGGCUCUGGUUGGGUGUGGCUUGGACUGGACAAGGAGUUGAAGAAGCUUGUGGUCGAAACCACUACAAAUCAGGAUCCACUUGUGACCAACGGGCCAAAUUUAGUUCCCUUGCUUGGGAUAGAUGUUUGGGAGCAUGCAUAUUAUCUACAGUACAAGAACGUUAGACCUGAUUACUUGAAGAACGUAUGGAAGGUCAUAAAUUGGAAAUAUGCAAGUGAAGUGUACGAGAAAGAAAGUGCUUGAGGUUUGAUGUAGAGAAUUAAGAGGCAACUUGUCGGAUGCUGUAUGGCAAAGAGAAUAACAAGAAGAGUAGUGUAUGUGUUGUAUGAAAGUUAAUAAAUAUUAAGCUUUAUGCUUAAAAAUUAGAAGGCGUCUUGUACCACUGGUGAAUUACAUUUACAUUUACCCUUGAGUGACCCUUGCUUUUGGGUUUUUCUUUAUUCUCCUUUCCGAGGCUGAUCAAGAGCAUUGAAUGAAUGGUUAUUUCUUUGUUUUUCUUGGUA